AUGACAAUAAUCAACAAAGGCAUUUUAAUGGAGUACGAAAAGAUAUUGUCUUACCUCCACGUGAUUGAUCUUUCGAGCAAUAACUUCAUUGGGGAAAUCCCAAAUACUAUUAGAAGUUUAACUAAACUUCGUAUGCUCAAUCUCUCCAACAAUGCUCUUACUGGCUCUAUCCCUUUGUCCCUGGCGAAUUUGACCGAACUGGAAUCUCUUGACCUUUUAAGCAAUAAGCUCUCGGGAAUGAUCCCUCCAGCACUAGCCCAGACAUGCGGAAAUCCCGUUGAAGUGCCCCCAACACCACCAUCUGAUGCAUCCACUAAAGAGCUUGACUGGAAGAUUGUCCUAAUGGGUUUUGGAAGUGGGCUAGUCAUCGGCGCAGUUAUGGGGCUACACACGACUUCCAAAAUUGAGCAUCGGUUCCUGAGGUUCUUCAUGGCAUGGCAACGAAGACGGAUGCACGAAAUAAGGUUUGUGUGA